AUGGUUCGCAUCAUCUCUGUCUUCGCUGGGCUGUCGCUCGUAGCUGGUUCUAUCGCCGCUCCCUCUCCUGAAGGCAUGUUCUCCAAGCUUGCCAAGCGAGGUGGUACCCCCAACAGCUCGGGCAUGAACAAUGGCUUCUUCUACUCUUGGUGGUCUGAUGGUGGUGCCGAGGCCACUUAUGAGAACGGCGCUGGCGGCUCUUACAGCAUGUCUUGGCAGACUGGUGGUAAUGUUGUCGGUGGAAAGGGUUGGAGCCCUGGAAAGGCUCGAACCAUCUCUUACGAGGGAGAGUACAAGCCCAACGGCAACAGCUACCUCUCCGUCUACGGAUGGACCCGAAACCCCUUGAUCGAGUACUACAUCGUCGAGCAGUUCGGCGACUACGAUCCCUCCAGCGGAGCUCAGAGCAAGGGAACUGUCGAGGCUGAUGGCAGCACCUACGAAAUCUUCACCCGAACCCGCACCAACGCUCCCUCUAUUGACGGCACCCAAACCUUUGAGCAGUACUGGUCCGUUCGCAAGGACCACCGAUCCACUGGCAGCAUCGAUGUUGGUGCUCACUUCAAGGCUUGGGAGCAGCACGGCAUGAAGCUGGGUACCCAUGACUACCAGAUCCUCGCCACUGAGGGCUACUUCAGCAGCGGAUCUUCCCACAUGACCGUCUCCGAGGGUGCUUCUUCCGGUGGUGGUGCCGCCACUGAUGGCGACAGCGCUGCCAAGCCUGAUGCUGGUAACGGUAAUGCUACUCAGCCUGAUGCUGGCAACGGUGCUGGUGCUGGUAACGGUCAGGGUGAUGCCGGCAACGGUCAGCAGCAGCCCGGUGCCGGUGCCGGUCAGGGCCAGAACCAGGGUAAUGGUCAGCAGCAGCCUGGCUUUGGAAACGACGGCCAGCAGCAGGGUGGCUCCCAGCCCCAGCCCCAGCAGCAGGCUGCUGAUGAGUCUUGCAAGAGCAACUAA